CCCUUAAAAUCAACCCUCAAAACAUAGCCAGGACCUAUGCAGGCUUAAAACGAAGUGGGAGAUGAAAUUACCCAGGAUACCUUGCGAGCUCAGCGAGCCGGCCAAACUUUUCGACCAAGAUGGCGGACACCGCUGGAAAAGAACAACUCCAUUGGACUGUCGAGCAGGCCUCAUCAGGUUCAGGGCUGAAAAUGAGGAGAAGUUCACCAAAAAAAAAUAUGCCUCCAAACUGUUAUGGGAGAAAGCAGUGAAAGACCUGGGCCUGGAAGGGAAAAUGACAGGAGAGAAGGCAGCCAAGAAGUGGGAGAAUUUGAAGAAACGGUACAAGGACCUGAAACAACCAAAGACGGGCUCAGGUACAGACAGUGGCGAAACAACAGCAUCGAAUUGGCGGUACUAUGAGGCGAUGCACGCCGUUUUGGGGGGAAGGCCAGCAAUAGAUCCUCCCGUGAUUGUGGCAUCUUUCAAGCCGGCAGAGGACCCUACAUCAUUUUUAAUGGCCAUUGUCACGCACCCGAACCUGAACCCCCCGAGGAAGACAUCUCUGAGGCUGGAUCUACUCUUCCUCCCACCACCCCAAUUCAUCCCACUACACCAACCACCGCUCGUCCCACCUCUUCAGCUUUCCCCACUACACCAACCCCCGCUCGUCCCACAACUUCAGCCACUACUCUUCCCCCCACCAUUCCAGCUGCUACUCGUCUCCCCACCACUCCAUCUCCAAAAAAAAGGAAGAGGGGCAAUAAUUUGA